CUAAGCAUGAACAAUUAAUUCAAAAUGCCAAUAUUAUGAGAUCAACUGUGUAUAAUUUGCCUGAAGAGGCCAUUGAAGAAACACAUAAAAUGUUAGUUUAUCAUAUAAAAGAAAGACUAAAACAACAUUCAAAAUAUGCUGGAAAUAUUCGUAUUAUGGGCGUUGAUUCUUAUUUUAUUUUAUCUCAAAUAUUAAGAGAUGAUAAUUGGGGUACUAAAUACUUUUUACAACAUCAAAAAACAUUUGUUUUAUUAUACCAAUUGUCAUCAAGUUUAAAUGAAUCCGAUCCUCUUCAAGAGUCCAAUUCUAUUCAAGAAUCUAAUUCUCAGCAAGAAUCAAAUUCAUUUCAAGAAUCUAAUCCUCUUUAA